GGGAAGAACCAUUAAAAGGGAACCAACCACGGAAGGAAAGAACUACACGAUAAUGUCUAUUAUGCGCUCAGAUUCACGGACGGAAGCCGAUAUACGCUCGUUGACGAUGAGGAUGUCAAUCUUGUCUCGCUCGGAUGGCUCGGCACAAUUCUCGUUCGGCGAUCUGAAGGCGUUGGGUGCCGUCACCGGGCCGGCUGAGGUUCGAAUCAGGGACGAGAAACCUACCGAGGCCUUCGUCGAUGUUAUCGUUGUCCCGGUUUGUGGUCUUCCCGGACCCCCGACCAAAUCUUUGGCACAUUCGAUCAAGUCGUUCUUUACGCCGUUAAUACUACUGAAGAAAUAUCCGAGAUCGUUAAUCCAAAUCAAUCUUCAGACGCUUUCCAAGCCAUCUGAUCGAUGGACGAAUGGCUUCACGACAGGCACACUAGAACCGACCGCGACGGUGCCCCUAUUCGAGGAGACACAGAGCGUGAGCGAGAAGGCGGCGUUGAUCAAUGCGGCCAGUUUGGCCUUACUGGAUGCCGGGGUGGGUAUGAGGGGGUGCGCAUUCGCCGUCGGAUUGGCGAUCCUGCCCCCAUCCGCCGUCUCGCCGAAUCACAACAAUCCGCAAGCUCUUGAAUCCGAUCUCAUCGUCCUCGAUCCUAGUCCUACCGAAGAAUCUUCCGCUAAGAGCUUACAUCUCGUCGGUUUCCAUUUCGGUCAUGGGUUCAAUACAACAACUGACUCGGGCGUGGAGAUUGGGACUGUUGCUCUAUGUGAAAGCAAUGGUAGCUUUAGCUACGAUCAGCUACAAACUGUUCUCAAAUUGGCUUCAUUGGCUACCCAACAGAUUCUUGCCUUUGUCCGACAGAGUUGCGAGACCGUUUAUGACCACGAAGAUGGCCUUGACUCUGCCUCCCAAGCUGCCGUCGGACAACCUACUUCUUCUUCAAAUCUUGACAAUAGUAAUCCGGAAAAUAGAAAAAAGAAGAAAUCUAAAAAGAAUAAAUGAACCCUUUUUUCUUCAUUUGUGGAAAUUAUUUCUCGUUCAAAUUAUGGCGGCCUCUUGCUUUCAGGAGGAGCUGGUCAAAGGAUCACUCUGGUCAUACAUUU